UUCGCGACGACGAUGACGACGCGUUGCUGCCGCCGCGCCGCCGCCGCCGCGCACGAGGUCAGCCGGCCGUACGUCGGAUGACGACGACCACGACGACCUGCUCGAACGCCGUUUGCCAGUACCGUCGGACAACCGUGCUGAUAAGCACCGGAAGCGCGCCGCCGAGUCCGCGAACAGCCCAGUCUGACGCCCCGAACCGGUUAACCCGCGAGCAGAGCCCGCCCGUUCUUCGCCACCAACGUCGGACGUCAACCAUGGUCUUGUGUUUCGGUUUUUGUUCCCGUAGAAAUUAUACAUCAAUAGACGACAGUCCAACAUCUCAACCAAUUACCAUUUCAGAUGUAGAUUACAUUGACAUCAAGAGCGGCUAUAGUUAUAGUCGUACGAAAAAAAUAAUAUUUCAUAUAAUUGCGGUAUGCUUGCUCGGUGUACCAUACUUGGCCAUUCAUUGGUCAGUAAAACUAAAAUUACGUCUACUCAUGACUCCUAGUCCACUAUCGACGGCAGACGAUAUUCUCGUUACUGAUGCCAAUAAUAACGAUAUUAUGUACGACGUAAAGACAUCAAUAAUUAAAGACUGUAAUGGAGAAAAAAAAACUAUACGAUAUUUUAAACAUCAAUUACUGAAAUAUAUAUGGGAUGAAAAAGAAAAUGCAUUCAAAUUUCUACAAGGUUUAGAUAAUGGGACGACUACGCUUUCAAAAUUGUUGGAAAAGUGUCAUGGUUUAACGACUGAAGAAUACGAAAACCAAUUAGAAUUAUUCGGCAAGAAUGAAAUAAUAGUGGAAGUACAUUCUUAUUGGAAGUUAUUUUUUGCUGAAGUGUUGAAUCCUUUUUAUGUGUUCCAAAUAUUUAGCAUAUGCCUGUGGUGUUUUGAUGAUUAUGAGUACUAUGGAUUAUGUGUAUUAAUCAGUUCGGCAUUUUCUAUUGGAACUUCAUUGUAUCAAUUGAAACAGCAAAGUCGAUCACUGAAAGAUACUGUGGAUACUUAUAAUAAUGACAUUUACACUGUAUUAAGAAGAAACAGUGAAAAUGUAAAAGUAAAAGCUCAAUAUUUAGUACCUGGCGACGUAAUAGUUAUACCACCUGGAGGUGGCAAUAUUGCCUGUGAUGCUUUGUUGCUAUCUGGUAGUUGUAUUGUGGACGAAAGUCUUUUAACAGGAGAAAGUGAUCCGAUUACAAAAAGUCCUCCUUCGUCAAUUGAAGAAUUUUUUUACAGUAGCUCUUCGCAUAAGCAUCACACACUGUAUUGUGGUACCAGAAUUUUGCAAUCAAGGUUUUACGCCGGUGCCCAAGUAUUGGCCCUUGUGGUUAGGACUGGAAGUUCCACGGCAAAAGGGAAUUUGAUACGAUCAAUAAUGUUCCCCAAGGAUAUGGACUUCGAAUUUUACUUGGAUUCGAUAAAAUUUGUUAUAAUCAUGUUUAUUGUUGCUACUAUUGGAAUGAUUUACUGUGUAUACUUAUAUGUUAUACGAGAAGCUACCGUGGAGUACAUUAUAAUACGAAGUUUGGAUAUUUACACCGUGGUAGUACCUCCCGCUUUGCCAGCUGCGAUGACAAUUGGUAUUGUACAUUCUAUGAAACGUUUGAAACGCCUUAAAAUAUAUUGCACGUGCCAGUCACGCAUUAAUGUCGCUGGUAAAAUAAAACUCGUUUGUUUUGAUAAGACUGGUACACUGACCGAAGAUGGGUUGCACUUUUUCGGCCUAUUGCCUUAUGACGGUCUCCUACCUAUUACAAAUAUUUCUAAUCAUUUAGUGAAAGACAUAUCUCAACUAGACAUCAGAUCUCCAAUCAUUGCUACGAUGGCAACUUGUCACUCGUUAACACACAUCCAAGGGACGCUAGCAGGAGAUCCACUGGAUUUAAGCAUGUUUAAUGCUACCAAAUGGGAACUAGAAGAACCCGGAUCAGAUAGCUCAAGAUUCGAUAACUUAUUGCCUUCAAUAGUAAAACCAUCGAAGCAAUUGAAUCCGGAUGAACUUCCUAUUGAAAUUGGUAUUAUACAUCAAUAUCCAUUUAAUUCCAAUACUCAAAGUAUGUGUGUCAUUGGUCAAGUAUUUGGUUCUCGACGGUACACAGUGUACUGUAAAGGAGCCCCAGAGAAAAUUAUUCAAAACUGCAAGACGGAAACGAUCCCGUCAAAUAUUUUUUCUGUUUUGGAAGAAUUUGGCUCAUUAGGAUAUCGAGUUUUAGCUUUGGCGUACAAAAAUUUACCGAAAAAGGUUAACUGGAAAUCGUUGUACCACCUUAAAUUAGAAAUGGUACAAUGUGAUUUGGUUUUUCUUGGAUUUCUUGUUAUGCAAAAUAAACUUAAAUCGCAGUCUUCCCAAGUAAUCCAACAAUUGAGAACUGCGAAUAUAAAAUGUGUUAUGGUUACAGGAGAUAAUUUAUACACGGGGCUAAGUGUAGCCAAAGAAUGUUCUAUGAUUCCAUCUAACGUCAAAGUUGCAGUUGUAACAGCAACACCCAGUACUGAAUUAAACCAAGCAGAAAUAAAAAUCGAACCUGCAUUAGGCGUGCAUAACUUGGAUAUGGAAAACGAUAAAGUGUUUUAUGCAAUUGAUGGGAGGUCGUGGUCAGUCUUAGAGUCAGAUUUCCCAAAUUGGUUGCCUCACGUUGUCUCUAAAGGUCUUGUAUUCGGUCGAAUGUUACCUGAACAAAAGGUAAAACUCGUGGAACAUUUUCAAAAUAUGGGAUACGUGACAGCUAUGUGCGGAGACGGAGCAAACGAUGCUGGUGCGUUGAAAGUUGCCCACGUAGGAAUAUCACUUUCCCAAGCUGAAGCAUCCAUCGCAGCUCCGUUUACUUCUCAAAUAACAAAUAUCUCAUGUGUAACAAAAGUGAUUCGGGAAGGACGAUGUGCUCUGGUUACUAGUUUUGGAAUAUUUAAAUACAUGACAUGCUAUAGUUUAAUACAAUUUAUCACGUUAGUUUUAUUGUAUAGUAGAGGCAUUAUGUUGGGAAAUUUCCAAUUUUUAUACUUUGAUUUUAUCUUAACUACAUCUUUGGCCAUUGUAAUGGGUGAUAUCGAACCCACCGACAAAGUGUAUCCUCACCGACCUCUGUCCAAAAUAUUAACACUGAAAAAUUUAAUUCCAUUAUUUUUACAACUGUUUGUUUGUGCUUUAAUCCAACAAGGGUCUUUGUUCUACCUCGAAGCACAGAUUUGGUAUACGCCUGCAGCUCCUGCAUGGUCUGAUGAUGAUGUAAUUACAUGUUGGGAAAAUACUACUUUGUUUCUUACCAGUUCAUAUCAGUAUAUUAUAUUGGCGUUUGUAUUGAAUAAGGGAUACCCACAUCGAAAACCAUUUUACAGAAAUUUCUCUUUCACGAUAGUGAUAUUUGUGUUAACGUUGUUCACGCUGAUGUUACAAACGAAUAAAAUCCCCGUGUUCACGGACAUAUUCGACAUAGUCAACCUAAAUAAUUCGUCCGAAGAUAAUGAGCAGAGAACUUUUCUCCUUACACUACUUGCUUUUCCUAUUUUAAACCUUUAUUUGGCCAUCAGUAUCGAGGAAUUUGCCGAAUCAGUUUUGAUGAAAAAAAUAUUAAACAUUGUAACACGAAAAAGAAAACCUAAAAACCAAUACAACCAGAUUGCUAUCCAGCCUAAUAUGUUAAUAUAAAUGUUUAAAUAUUUUUCUGUGAAUCUAAUUUUGUAUUUUUGACUUAAGGUAAUCUCCAGUCGAUUUAUUAUCUUCCUAUAAACUGUUUAUUUUAAUUGUAUGCACUGUAUAAUAAUCUUUUAACUAUUAAAUAUUGUAAUAUGUAUUUUUAUAGUAAGCUAGUGAGUUUUUUUUAAUUUCGUGUAAGUAAACUGUUGUUUACAGACUAUACUUAUGAACUCAAAA